AGGGAGGACCCCGCGGCCUCCUUGGACGCCUACGCCCACGCCCUGCUGGCUGGCCGGGGACACGACCGCUGGUAUGACAAGUCCUUCACCCUCAUCGUCUUCUCCAACGGCAAGCUGGGCCUCAGCGUGGAGCACUCGUGGGCGGACUGCCCCGUCUCAGGGCACAUGUGGGAGUUCACUCUGGCCACGGAGUGCUUCCAGCUGGGCUACUCGGUGGACGGCCACUGCAAGGGCCACCCUGAGCCCUCCCUGCCCCGGCCCCAGCGGCUACACUGGGACCUUCCAGACAAGGUCCACCUGUCCAUCGCACUCGCCCUGAGGGCAGCCAAGACCUUGUCCGGAGACACGGACUGCCACGUCUUCCCCUUCUCCCACUUCGGCAAGAGCUUCAUCAAACGCUGCCACCUGUCCUCAGACAGCUUCAUCCAGGUGGCCUUGCAGCUGGCCCACUUCCGGGACAGGGGUCACUUCUGCCUGACUUAUGAGUCAGCCAUGACGCGCCUGUUCCUGGAAGGCCGGACGGAGACGGUGCGGUCUUGCACGCGGGAAGCCUGCCACUUCGUGCGAGCCAUGGAGGACAGAGAGAAGACAGACUCCCAGUGCCUCUCCCUGUUCCGCCUGGCGGUGGACAAGCACCAGGCUCUGCUGAAGGCGGCCAUGAGCGGGCAGGGCGUGGACCGCCACCUGUUCGCACUCCACAUCGUGUCCCAGCUCCUCCACCUGCAGGCGCCCUUCCUGGACCAGGUUCACUCGGAGCAGUGGCAGCUGGCCACCAGCCAGAUCCCCGUGCAGCAAACCCACCUGUUUGACGUCCACAACUACCCCGACUACGUGUCCUCCGGUGGAGGGUUUGGGCCUGUGGAUGACCACGGCUACGGCGUUUCUUACAUCUUCAUGGGGGAUGACACGGUCACCUUCCACAUUUCCAGCAAAAAAUCAAGCACAAAAACGGACUCGCACCGGCUGGGGCAGCACAUUGAGGACGCGCUGCUGGACGUGGCCUCCCUGUUCCAGGAGGGGCAGCGUCUGAAGCGAGGGUGCCGGGGGCGGGGGGAGGAGGACUCGGGGAACCGGCGUGGGUCUCUCCCCGGCCACUAGGGGCUCCGGGGCACCCCUGCCGCCCACCAACCUGUGAUCUCUUCCGGCCGGACCUGGUCUCCCCGGGAAUCGUGGGCGGGGCUCCGUGGCUGGGCUGGUGCAGGACGGAGGCACCCUGUUUGGGCUUGGAAACCCCACAUCUGGUCCAAUAAAGAUGUGUGAGCUGG